AGUCAUUUGCUCAAUUAGAAGCCUUCUAGUUCCUACACCCCUUCUCUCGCUCUAUCUGUUUUCUCUUCUUAUAUGGCCAAUCCCACUCCACUACCUCACAUCCCUUUCUCUUCUCACCAUCACCACCACCACAACCGCCAUCGCCUCCACCGCCUUGAACCACUCACUUUGUCUUUAUUAUCCAUGGAGCAAUACCCGGUCAACCUAUUGCCUUCUGAUGAGAAAAGAAAGGUUAUCAAUGAAAUGGACUUCUUCGCCGACAAGAAAGAUGAUGACGAGUCGAAAACAGGCACUGGCGAUAUCAACAAAAAGGAUUUUAGCGAUCCCACAGAAUUGGAUUUCGAUGUAAAUACUGGUUUGCAUCUUCUCACUGCCAACACUACUAGUGAUCAGUCCAUAGUGGACGAUGGGAUUUCUCCGAAUUCAGAAGAUAAAAGAUCGAAAACUGAGAUGGUUGUCCUUCGAGCUGAAAUGGAAAGAAUGAAUUCGGAAAAUCUUCGACUAAAGGACACGUUAAAUCAAGUAACAAACGACUACAACAGUCUUCAGAUGCAGCUGGUAACACUGAAGCAACAACAAGAAAGAGAUCAUCAGAGAGCUGCUCAUGAUGAUAAUGGGAUAACAGAAGAACAUGGAGGAAAACUAGUGGUCGAUACUAACAAGCAACAGCAAAAUUGUAAUGGCUUUGUGGUGCCUAGACAAUUUAUGGAUCUUGGACUGGCUGCGGAGACGGAAGUAGCCCCAUUAUCGUCGACCGAGGGAAGGAGCUGCCGGGACCGAUCACGAUCCCCGGUGAAUAAUAUCGAUGGGUUGUUGAAGAAAAUUGGGCGAGAGGAGAUUUCAGACAAGGGAUCUCAUGGUUGGGGUCCUAACAAGGUUCCUAGGCUCAACCAUUCUCCGGAAAGCAUCGAUCAAGCUGCCGAGUCUACUAUGAGGAAGGCCCGAGUUUCGGUUAGAGCCCGAUCAGAGGCUCCAAUGAUCACGGAUGGAUGCCAAUGGCGCAAGUAUGGGCAGAAGAUGGCAAAGGGAAACCCGUGUCCUCGGGCAUAUUAUAGAUGCACCAUGGCUGCCAGUUGCCCGGUUCGAAAACAAGUACAAAGAUGUGCAGAAGACAAAACCAUCCUAAUAACAACGUAUGAAGGCAAUCACAACCACCCAUUGCCACCAGCAGCCAUGGCAAUGGCAUCGGCUACAUCUUCAGCCGCAAGAAUGUUACUCUCUGGUUCAAUGCCAAGUGCCGAUGGCCUAAUCAACUCAAAUUUCCUCGCCCGCACCCUCUUCCCUUGCUCCUCCAGCAUGGCCACCAUAUCCGCCUCCGCACCUUUUCCUACUGUUACAUUGGACUUAACUCAAACCCCAAAUCCCUUACAAUUCCCAAGAUCUCAAAACCAAUUCCAAAUCCCAUUUCCUAAUGCCGCCAACAGUUUUUCAAGCAAUCCAGAAGCCAUUCUACCGGAAAUCUUCAGCCAAGCAUUACACAAUCAAUCCAAGUUUUCUGGUCUCCAAAUGUCAGAGGACAUGGAAGGAGGUCAACAGGCCAUGCCAUCACUUCCGGCCGCAAUGAAUGCACUUGCAGCAGAUCCAAAUUUCACUGCUGCAUUGGCAGCUGCCAUUACCUCUCUUAUUGGGAAUUCACAUCCAAACAAUGCCAAUAACACUGCCACAAAUGUUGCAACCACCACCACCACCAGCAACUACGGCGGUGGUGUUACGAAUAGCAAAAAUAACAGCAAUGGAAACAAUAAAGUUAGCAGCUCAAGGUUUCCAGUGAAUUGAAUGUCAAUAAGCUUUAUAUUCCACUUUUUUUCUUUGAAAAAUUUCUGUUUUUUUAUUAUUAUUCUCAUUUUACUCCAAUAGACUAUUAAAAAUGACAUUAUACCUGGAGUAAGUAAUGUAUUUGGGUUUUUAAUAAUGUAAUUCAAACUGUCAAUCAAUGUACAAAAAUGUUGGAAAAAAUAAAUAGUGUUGCUUUUUGUACGGAGCCGGAAA